UUUAAUAUGUUUUAGAGACACUGUUUGUCAUUGAACGGUGCCUAUUUGUGUAUGAUGUGUGAGCGUGACAUGAGCCACCACUGGUCUACAUUUUAGGAUGUUGGCUUUCUGUCAAUUGAAAGAGUGCUAAUCUCACACCCUAGUCCAUUUUUUUUUAAAUAAUACAAUUUACAAAUUGAAAUUUCACACUGUAAUAUUCUUGAUAUAUGAGUCAGGUGUUGGGGAGUGUUGGGGAGUAGAUUUUAGCCUGCAGAGUAGUAUUUCCUCUUCGAUUUACUGUACCUGUUUAGAUUGGCUUUCAUUUGGCAGAUGACUCAGUUCGCCACAUAUGUUUAUUUAUAAACAAGUGCCAGAAUGAUUGAUCUCCUCAAGGUGUACUUAAAGAGAACCUGUCUUUAGCUAAACAUAUUGUCUUACUGAUUUAUUUUCAUUUGAACAUUAGCCCUUUACAAACACUACUUGUUUGACAUUACUCUGGGAAUUUAUGAGCGAGUCACUAGUUAGUUUGAAUGAAUGUUUUGCCAUAUUUUAUUGUACGUGAAUGUUCUUGCUUUACGGACCUCGUGCACAUAACUAGGGCAGCACCGGAAGCUAACCAACCACAGGAGUCAACCAUGACAGCAUCACUUUGACCUAAUUCCAAGAUGGAUGCCCUGCCCAGCACAGAGGAACGAGACUAAACUAAGUUGAGACAUAUCUCUCUGCUUAGGACUGAGUGAAGAGAGAGGUUAUGGAGGGGUCUAGGGUGCGCUCUCCUCUCCCAGACCUCAGGGAGCCAGAUAGCCAGACAUGGCCCAAUAUGGAUCUCCCACUACAGAGCAGGCCACCGGAGGAGGCUACUGGGUGGAGAGAGAUGGAGGAGCAAGUGAACCUGAUGGACAGGGAGAAAGAGGAUAACUCUCUUCAGACUGAGGAGCCAGAGGAGCACUGGGAUUCCAUGACUUUACCUGUGUACCCCAUGAUCCAUCCCAGUGUCCCUCUGUCCUUUGCCACGGUGCAGUGGGACAUAACCGACCUCUCCCCUGACAUGCCCUACCCCAUGACUGACAGCCCGGCCGAUGAGCUGGACUCCAGUGGAGCGGCCAGUCUGGACUGGACUGUGAGUCCCCUGUCCCACCACCAGCAGCAGGAACAUCAAGCCUGUGUAACAGGAAUCAACAUAGAGCUGUCUGUCCAGGAGAAGACACAUAAUCACAACGGACCGGAGCAACAGCUGCCUUUGGACACAGACCAGAGUGAAAGCUCCCCUCGGGCAUGUGAUACACCAAGGCCAUAUGUGGAGGAGCAUGCAGCACACACACAAGAAGAGGAGGCUUCAGCACAAGAGCUAUUUGAGGACCAUGACUCUCUUUCAGGGAGAUGUCCAUGGCCAGAGGAAGGGAUAGGACAGUCUGUGACAGAGGAGACUGUCACACCCUCUGACAUAGAUCCUAGCUCUGUACAGACAGCAGAGUCCGAGACUAGGUCGGAUACUGAGAGUUUAGACUCUGUGCCGGGAGAGAAACAGGAACAGACUGGCACAGUCCUGACUAUACAGAUCAACCCGGAGCAAGGAUCCAGCUCUACGGACUAUGAGGAGAAGGAAGAGGAGGAGGAGCAGACUGUGACUAAUUUAUCUUAUAAUGGAGAUUGUGACGAGCAGACAGAACAGAUAGGACAGUCAGAGGGGAGGGAACAGUCGGACAGUGAGGAGGAAUCAGAGACUAUAGAACUCUUAGAGCACCUGCUUGAGCCAGCUGAACUGAAAGAACAGUCAGAACUCUCAGAGAAGUCUGAACACAGUGGGCAGUCAGAGCCUAACCACACAGAACAGAGUGAAUACGGGAACAAUACCGAGACAACAGAGCAGCCAGAAGACUCUGAGAAACUUCUAGAGUCCGACCAGGUAGAGCAUUCAAAUCAGUCAGGGGAGGAAGACCAGCAAACUGAAGAGGCCCAUUUACAACAGGCAGAACAGUCAGAAGUAACAGACCAGUCAGAACAAUCAAAAGAAUCAGAGCAGACGCAACAGCCAGAGCAAACUAUGCACUCGGAGCAGACAGACUUUUCAGUGCAGGCAGAACCAUCACAGCAGACAGAACACUCUGAAGAUUCUGAGCAGUCAAAACAAUCAGGGGACAUGGAGCAGACAGAGCAGUCCGAGCAGACGGAGCAGUCCGAGCAGACAGAAAACAAACCAAUACAUUCAAAGCAGUUAGAAGAAUUACUUUUCCUUUGCACAGAGGAGCUUGAACAGACAGAACAGUCACACCAGACAGAAGACCAGAAACACUCAGGGGCUGAACAGCCAGCGCAGACUGCACUGACUGAGUUGACAGAAGAGCUUGAGCAGACAGAGCAGGUAGAACAAUUGGAACAGAAAGUGUGUACAGAGGAUUCAUGUUUGCUGCCCAGGGAAGGAAGUGGAGAGCAACUGGAGUCUCAGGUACAGCAGAUAGAGGCCUCAGAACCAGUGGUGGUCCAUAUGAAUGGUGGAGGUUUGGACAGGGAGAAGGCCUGCAGGCUGGCUGAAAGACUCUACAGGCUGGACGGGAUCCACAAGACAGAUGUGGUCAAACACCUGGACAAAGACAAUGACUUUAGCCGAGCCGUUGGGGAGGAGUACCUCAAGUUCUUUGACUUCACCGGUCAGAGACUGGACCAAGGCCUGAGGUCUUUCCUGAGGGUGGUGGUGCUUAUCGGUGAGACCCAGGAAAGAGAGCGGGUGCUGCAGCAUUUCUCCUGUCGAUUCCAGCAAUGCAACCCUCACACCUUCUCCUCUUCCGGAGAAGUACUCACACUCACCUGUUCUGUGAUGCUUCUGAACUCUGAUCUGCAUGGACAGAAUGUGGGCAAACCCAUGUCUGUGUCCAGCUUCGUGUCCAACCUGGAUGGGAUGAAUGAGGGUGAGAACUUCAGUAAGGAGCUGUUGAAGGCUCUCUACAACUCCAUUAAGAACGAGCCUCUGGAAUGGGCAGUUGAUGAGAAGGAACUGAAGAGCUCCAUGUUGUUGGCGGAGGACGCUAAAGAGGACGCACCCUUGCGCUCCAAGAGCAACCCGUUCCAAGAUGUGCCGCAUGACAAGAAGGCCACAGUGUUCAAACAGAGCUUCCUCAAACGCAAGGCCCACGCUGACAUCGAUGGCAAACGCACUCCUUGGGGGAAGAGAAGCUGGAAGAUCUUCUAUGGAGUGCUGAAGGGAAUGGUCCUCUACUUACAGAAGGAUGAGUAUACGAUGGAGUGGCAGAGUACAGAGGAGGUGGUCAGUGUGCACCAUGCCCUGGCAGAGCAGGCAGCAGACUACACUAAGAGACCACACGUCUUCCGCCUGCAGACCGCUGACUGGAGGGUCUUCCUCUUUCAGGCCUCCUCCACAACAGAGAUGAUUUCAUGGAUCAGCCGUAUCAACCUGGUGUCAGCCCUACACUCCUCUCCUCCCUUCCCUGCUGCCGUGGGCUCUCAGAGGAAGUUCUGCAGACCCAUCCUGCCUGCCUCGCAGUCUGCCCACUCACUGGAGAGACAGCUGCAGUCCCAUGCAGGCAUGCUGGAGUCCUUCCAGGAAGACCUGGCCUACCUGCAGCAGAGUCUCCCUGACGGGCGCAGGGCCAAAGCCAAGGAGAUGGAGGAACACCGAGUCAGAGAGGAGUACCUGCAGCAUGAGAAAUGUCGCUACGAGGCCUACAUCCAGAUGCUGGAGGUCUGGAAGGGUUUGAACCAGUCAACUGAGACUGAGGUGGGAACCAGCAAGCUCAGCCUGUUUGACAGAGCUGUGUGUAAGGACACAGUGGAUGAGGAGGGGGAGGAGGGAACCCUGAAGAAGUCCCACUCCAGCCCCUCCCUGGAUCUGGAGAUGGCCUCGCAACCCGUGGUCAAAGUUAAACGCAACAUCUCGGAGAGACGGACCUAUCGCAAGAUCAUCAUACCGAGACGCAACCAGGAAAUAUGAGGGCAGGUGUCCAAAAGUGAGACACAUAUAACUCUGACAUGACUUUUCAAUGGCUUUUUUUAGGACAGGGACAAUGUGUUACUUCCAAGCACUGUCCUUUUAAGUUUUCAUUUUCAGCUUGCACUUAUUCAGCAAGAAGGCAAAGGUCAAUAAAACAGAAUGCAUCCCUCAGG